CGAAACGGGGCGGAACGGGCCCGGGCAGGGCCAGGCCGGGCCGGGUCGGGGCGGAGCGGGUCCGGGGCGAUGCUGGCGGCGCUGGCCGCCGCCUGGUCCCUGCUGGCCGCCUCCUUCCUGGCGGCGCUGCUGCUGCUCCGGCGGGCUCCGGCGCCGCGGCCCGGCCGCGCUGGCCUGGUAAUCGCCGGCCUCUUCCAGGACCUCAUUCGCUACGGGAAGACGAAGCGCGGGUGCGGGCAGCUCCCGGGCUGGCUGCGGCUCCUGCAGGUGCCCAAGAGGUGGUUCACUCACUUUUAUGUGGUUUCUGUGCUGUGGAAUGGUUUCCUGCUGAUCUCUCUUUUCCGAGCUGAGUUCCUUGGAGAGUCACUCCCAUCAUGGAUUCAGGACAUGCACCAUGCUCUUGGCAGAGAUUCUCAGAGCAAAGACACAGAUAGUGAGCACUUCUCUGCACUCCUGGUUCUCUUGCUCCUUUGGCUGCAUAGCUGUCGAAGGCUUGCAGAAUGCCUCUGGACCAGCGUGUUUUCCAGUGGUGUCAUUCAUAUUGUGCAGUACUGCUUUGGACUUGGUUACUACAUUGCUGUCGGCUCAACUGUGCUGUGUCAAGUGCCUACUAAUGUCAGGAAUGGAAAAAAGCUUUCUGUGCAGAUCUGCUGGUAUCACAUCAUAGGAGUUAUGGUGUACAUUUGGGCCUCUCUUCACCAACACAGAUGCCUUGCAAUUCUAGCUAAUCUUAGAAAAAGCAGAUCAGGAAAGGUUGUAAGCCUGAGCCACAGUGUACCUUUUGGAGACUGGUUUGAGAGCGUCUCUUGCCCUCAUUAUUUUGCAGAGCUCCUCAUAUAUGUUUCUAUGGCCAUCACACUUGGAAUGCACAAUGUGACAUGGUGGUGUGUAGUGAUGUAUGUUCUUUUUAACCAGGCACUGGCUGCUGUUUUGUGUCAUGAGUUUUAUCAGAAAAACUUUAGCUCAUACCCAAAGCAUCGAAAAGCAUUUAUACCACUUGUUUUUUAGAUAAUUUUUUCUAAAGUAUUUUCAUGCAAACUGGGAAUAUAAGAGAUUAAUGGUUUAUUAAAACCAAGGUAAAGUCACACACUUUCUCUAAUUCUACCUCAAAAGCCCAUAAUUUUAAUGAUUAUCUCUUCCAAGUGACCAAUUUCUGAGGAAAUGUAAGGUCUCUGCAUAUCAUGCAAGCUAAAAAAGGUUUAUAAAGACCUUAAUUCAAAGUGGAGAGAUGCUAAUUGUGUCUUUUCUCUUUUAUAGUUACAUCUUAUGCAUAAAACACUUGCUGUUGUGCAGCAAGUCCAAAUUCAUAUUUGUGAAAACUAUUGAAAGGAGGAAAUAAUUUGAACUACUGUAUUUUAUGUCUUGACUAAUAUUUAAGCAUAUUUCUUUCCAAGUCUCUUUUCUUUGAAUCACUUCAGAGGGAGGCAAAUUGUGUAUCUUUCUGUGCUUCCCUGGUGACAAUGAAAACCAGCCACUGCUUUACAACUGGAAGCACAAAAAGCAAUGGAGAAAGCUGUGGUGGAGGAGUGACUCAUGCUCAGCAGUGGAGAUAAACAGACCCAUUUGCUGCAUUAUCUCUUCUGCACCAAAGUGGUUUUGUUCAUUGAUGAAGACUGCUUUGUCCCUAAACUGGGAAAAUAGUGGAAGGUCCUCUGACUAAAAAGAUGGUAGAAGAAAAAUUGCAGAAAAUUAAUGUUCUUUGUUGUGGUUCUGUUGUCUUUAUAGUGGGUUUUUGGAGUCCCUUGUGUGUUAGGGGGGACAGCUGUGCAGAAUGACCAUAACCACAACUACACUGGUUUCUAAACAGAUAUAAUGAACUGCCAGGGCAGAGCACACACAGAAAACAGUACCUAACAAACAUUGCAGAGAAAUUCUUCACUGGGGAGAUAAUGUAACUUAGCACAGGGAUGUUUUUUGCACUUAACUAUUGAAUAUUUUGGUCCUUCUCAUGACACUGGUGUGAAUGAUCCCUUUGUGUGAUGAACUGAUAUGGGUGCUGGUGUUUCAGCAUGUUGUCUACUUACAUGCACACCUUAUUUUGUACAUAAGAAGUAUUUUUAUACAAUGAAGAAUAUCUUAUCAAUUAAAAGUUUAUUAUACUCUGUU